AUGGAUCGUUUUAUCAGCAUGUGGAAGGUUCGUGAGCUGGCGGAUAAAGUAACCAAUGUGGUAAUGAACUACACAGAAGUUGAGGGCAAAGUACGAGAAGCAACAUCAGAUGAGGCAUGGGGCCCGACUGGACAGCAGAUGCAGGAAUUGGCAUUAGCCACCUUCACAUAUGAGCAUUUUCCUGAAGUCAUGUCUAUGCUCUGGAGGAGAAUGUUGCAUGAUAAUAGAUCACACUGGAGAAGAACUUACAAGUGUCUUCUUCUCCUGAGCUAUCUGGUCCGCAAUGGGUCAGAACGUGUAGUCACCUCAGCUCGGGAACAUAUCUAUGACUUGAGGUCACUGGAAAACUACACUUAUGUUGAUGAUCUGGGAAAAGAUCAGGGCAUUAAUGUGCGGCACAAAGUCCGUGAACUGAUAGACUUUAUUCAAGAUGAUGAGAAGUUGAGAGAAGAAAGGAAGAAAGCCAAGAAGAAUAAGGACAAAUAUAUUGGCAUGUCCUCUGAGGCAACUGGAGGUAUGAGCAGUAUAGGAAUGGGCAGAAUGGAGGGCAUGGGGGGUAUGGGCAGAAGUUCAGGAGGCUGGGGAGAGUACAGUGAUAGGAACACUUCAUGGGAUGAGCCAAAGGAAAGAAAUGAUGAAGAUGAUUAUGAAAGAGAGGAUUCUGAUGGAGAGGGUGGAGGGAAGAAACCGCAGAAAGAAAAUGUGUACCGUGAUUCAGAGGUGAUAGACGAAAGUCCUCCGCCCUCAGACCGAGUAAGAGACCGCCACAAGCCGCUUAACAUCAGCCUACGUAGUCCUGCUCGUACUAAACCCGCUACACCUGCUAAGAAGAUUGACCUAGGUGCAGCAGCAACAUACGCUAAAGCGGCAACUGCCCCAUCACCAGUAAAUAAGCAACCGGCAACAAACAAGUCUCAGGAGUUGUUGGAUGACUUAUUUAAGACCUGUCCAGCCGCUGAAACUACAAGUGCUGAUGUUGCCAAUCUAGUUGAAGACGACUUUGAUCCAAGAGCGGAAGAGCCGAAGCCCACACAAAAAGAUGAAUUUGGUGAUUUUACGAACGCGUUCGCUCCUCCCGCUGUAUCCAGCGAUUCAUUUGCUGAUUUCACUAGCGCCUUCACAGAUAGCAACACUACUAACAAUGUUUCAGCCCCAGCAUCGAACCUAGACCUCCUAAGUGAUCUAGCACCUCCGGACAAUGGGUUUGAUUUAGACUCACUCACCGGGCAACUCGCAAGCACAAACAUCACGCACACACAAUUACAGCCCAUGCAAGGUAAGCUUGUAUAUUACCUACGGAUAUAA